AUGAAUUCAUAUAGAUCAAAACAACAGACCAAAGGUAAAUCCUCCAAUUUAAUCUUAAUAGAAAUCCCGAAGACUUGCUCCUCCGACAAGGUUAAGAAAACCCAGAACUUCAUCUAACAGAAAUUCGAUAAUGUAGCCAAGAAAGAUAUCCCGCUAAGCCCCAACACUAGGGUCUUAAAUAUUUAGCAAAAUUAAAUACCUAUAUCUCAGCUAAAUCAAACUGUCCCUCUUAAGUUUUAAUCAGACAAGGUCCAAGCUAUUGACUCUAUUAUCAACAACAAGUAAAUUAUAUAAAAUAGUGGUACUAAUGAAGUCAUCGUUACAAGUAACCAGUAAGCCUAUGAGAAUGCCAGGCUGGUAAACAAUUUUACAUCCAAUUAAUACAACACUGCAGGAUCAACCUAUCAUUAAUAACGAACUAACUCAUCGGGGAAUAAUAAUUAAAAAUGCAGUGUCAAUUACAAAUAAAAUCCUGCGAGCUUAACAACUACUGUUAGUGCAGCCUAUCAAAAGGCGACUCCGAAGAGCAAUCUGAAUCAAACCUAGGCUAUGUACAAUAGUGGUGGAAUAUCAAUGAAUAAUGCCUCAACUACUGGAACUAUGCACAAGUAAAAUUCUAACAAUAAUCUGAGAAACAAGUACAACCGUUACCCAACAGUAACAAAUAACACAACAAAUAUUACGAAUACGAGUCCUGCCGUUAUUCAGACUAACUCCUCAACUAACACUGGAUGCGGAGGAAAUAAUAGCAGCAACGCCCAACAGCCCUCGUUUCUUAGAGCAAAUUCAAACUCAUCAGGCCAGGUAUCCAAGUAGUCGUCCACAAAAAACCUCUUAAACAAAACUUGCUCGUAGAUUCCUCAUAAGAUUUUAGCUUCUGGAACUAAUAGCAGCUCUAAGAAUUAAAUUAUUAAUAAUCACAAUAAUAGAUGUGAGAGUGAAGGAGCCCAUAAAUACACAGAUGGCGAUAAUAAUGCAAGUAGUAGAAAUUUACACUAACAACCAACGAAUAACUAUUAAUACAAGACUAAUGAGGGGAACUCAGGAUCUUAAAACAGAACUUAAAAGGCAUCCUCUUAGCUCAAUGAAUAUAAGCAGUUUAUGGACAAAUAAAAGUAGAUCAUAAAGUAAUUAUCAUAAAAUAAAUUGGCAAUGAUGAUUAAUGCAAUGAAUAGUAAUUCUAAUUAAGCACUAAACUAAACUGGUCUUUAGCAAUAAUAGAUAUAGAAUAUUUAAUUAUAAAGAAAACCAUCAAAUAACAUAUCAAAGAUUCAAAGUCCAAAGAAUCUAAGCUUUUCGCUAGCUUAGUCUAAUCAGAUACUUAUGAAAAAUUAACAAGAGGUGAGAGAAAUAGAAAAUCAAAAAGAAAAUAUAAACAAUAUAGACUUAUCAUAGCAAUAAUAGCAGCAGCUACAAUAGUAAUAAUAAUCAGCACCACAAAAUCUCUUAAAUGUUAAGAAGUAGGAUAUUUCAACGACUCCAAGAAAUCACUUUUAGAAGGAAUAGCCUGAAAAUUAAUAGCUGCAAUAAACAUAAAAGGUAUCAGUUUUAAAAAUUGCUCGAGACUCAAUUACUCCCAGGGUCGUUCAGUAAAAAUAGUCCGAGCCAUUAAAGAGAGUUGACAAUAACAUUGAAAUUGAUAGAUAAAAACAAAUCUAAGUUCAGUAGCCAGAUCUGUAGUAACCGUAAGAAAAUAAAGCUUAAUAAUCUGAAACCAAUCCUAAUGAUGAUAGUAUGUGCUUCUCUAAUAAGAAUUCUCUUGAUGACUAUAUUAUUGGAAAGCAGAUAGGUCAAGGUGCUUAUGCGGUGGUUAGAAUUGGUUUACACAAGCCGACUAACAGGAAGGUGGCAUUAAAGAUCUAUAAAAAAUACAAACUGCUUGAUCCAAACAGAAGGAAAUCAGUUAAAAGAGAAAUUAAAAUAAUGGAAAAGAUGAAGCAUCAAAGUAUAAUCAGAUUAUAUGAGGUUAUUGAUACGUCUAAAUAUGUAAUUCUAGUGAUGGAGUACGUAGGCGGAGGAAGUUUGCAUGGCUACUUAAAAUCAAAACCCAAUAGAAGACUAGAUGAACUAGAUGCUAAAAGAAUCUUUAAGCAAAUCUUAGAAGGAAUCAAGUACUGCCAUAGUCGGUGCAUAACUCAUAGAGAUAUCAAACUUGAGAAUCUGCUGCUUGAUGAUCAUAAUAACAUUAAGAUAAUAGACUUCGGAUUUUCAACAUGCAUACCUAAUGACAAAAAGAUUAAGAUAUUCUGCGGGACUCCCUCUUAUAUGGCUCCAGAGAUCGUUCAAAAACUAGAAUAUGCUGGACCUCCUGCAGAUGUUUGGGCUCUUGGAGUCUUGUUAUUUACUUUACUUAGUGGAUGCUUCCCAUAUAGAGGAGCUACUGAUAAGGAACUCUACAAAAAGAUCAUGAGAGCUGAUUAUAAGAUCCCUAGUGAAGUCUUAGUUACUUUAAGUAAUGAAGCUACGAAUCUCUUGAAGAGAAUAUUUGCUAUUGAUGCCAAUAAUAGACCAAGUGCUAGAGAUAUUCUCAAUGAUCCUUGGUUUCAAGAGAAAUAAGAUAUUAGCAUGUGCACACCACAGAGCAUUAUGAGAUCUCACUCUUAUCAGCCAGAAAUGAUAAAAUCAAGCACUGAUAUUGCUCAAGAAAAUCAUGCUAAGCCAGCAAAUCAAAUGAAAAACAAUAUGGAUCACACUUAAAACUAAACCUUUAACAAUUACUUCUCAAGUAACCAAGUGAGUUAGGAACCCUCAUCCUAUUAUAAUCCUCACAAAGAAGAUCACAGAAAUACUGAAAAAAAUGGCAUGCCCAAUCUUAUGGGAGCCUAGAAUAUUGGGGGUCAAACAAGAAUGAACAGUGCUAACCCUCCUGGUGUUUAAAAUCAGAAUAUCAACACAACAGGAAACAAUAACAAUAAUCAAAAUAUCUUCUUCCUACUAUCUCCUUUAAUCAAUAAUAGCUAAAUUACAACAAAUAAUGUAUGCAUGGGAGAACAGAAGCAGCAAAUGACACCAAUGAAUAUGCAGACUCCUUCUGAGAUUUAUUAGCAAAAUUUCGUUGAUACUCUAGAUGAGUCUAUAAUCAACACAAUUGUAAUGAAAUUAGGAUACUCAGUUGACGAGGUAAGAAAAAAUGCCAGAAUAGAGAAUUCCUUUAUCAAUGUACUAUACAGUAAAAUAAUUUAGGAACAGAAAGCCUUUUAAAUGAAUAACAUGAAGAGCACUAACAGUCUUUCAGCCAAGACCAACAUAUAACCGAAUUUCAUUCCCUCAGUCAGCUCAUCUAUAAAUCAAUCCAAUUUUUCUACUAACAACCUUAACAAUACCCAGCCAUUCAGUGGUAACUAAGAUAAAUCUAGAGAUAAUAACAAUGCAGGUCAGCCAAAUGCUCACAACUAUUACGGAAGCUUUAGUGAUAAUCACAAUUAACUCUCUUAAACACUUGGGGGUGGCAGCAACUUCUUAAAUCUUUCUAUUUUAUCGAAUCAAAAUUAACAAGCCAUGCAAAAUGCUGAAAGGAAUAGAGACUCUUCAGCAGGGUAUCACAAUUUUAAUCAAUACGAUAUGAUGUCUUAAGAUGACCAGAUGAGAUCUCAUUCUAAUGUUAGGGGUUAAGGGUUCAAUAACACUCAAGGGAAUAUUUCUCAAUUUCUUAACUAAUCCCCAUUUGUGAUACCUAAUAAUAUGACUGGUAUGGAUAUGAACAAUGAUUCAAAUCUAUGCAAUUUAUCACCUGAUUAGCAUCACUUCAAUAAUACCUAGCCUUUCACCAAUAACUAUGACUCAUGUGGGAGCUCAGGCAUUUAAAACUAGAAAAAGGGAGGUUCUUCUAGUUUUCUUGGAGCAGCACAGGAACUUAAGUCUUUGAUGCUUUAAGGAAAUAAUAGAAGGUAAAAUAUGAACAUGCAGGGAGGUAAUAACAAUAACAGUAAUGGCAAUAUGCUUGUAAAUCAGCAAUAAAAUUAGACAUAGCAACCACAGAUAAUUAAUAAAACUCUUCAAUGGAGGAGAGAGUUUCUCUGA